GCCGUUCGUCUGUCGCAUUUCUGUAGCUAUGUCGCGCGCGUGUGUCCGCGUUUACAUUAUAUGUCUGUGUGCGUCGUUUGUGCUCAGUGUCCAUGUGGCUAAAGAAUAUGUCUGCCAAGAUCCAGAUACGGGAACUUUUCAUGAACUCAACUCAACUUGGCGAUCUACCACUUUCUGCGGAAAUUAUACGUGUAAAAUUAGAAGAAUAAACACUGGUCAACAACCAUCUAAAGUGUUUGUGAGUCUUUUCAACCAACAAGCCAGGUCCAAUAAUAGUAAUCAAACAAAUGAAUUAAGUUUGACAAAAAUCUUACCAGAACUUACUCAUACUGAGGAUAAUGACAGACUUUUAAAUAAAGCAGAAAUUCAGAAAAUUACAGAACUACUGCAUUCAGUGAAAAAGAGUGACUUGCAAGCUGUCAUAGAACUGUAUAAUGUAGCUCAAGAAAUGUAUAAGGAUAUGAAAGUGGACGAGGCUACAGAAGAUAACAGAGCGAGUGAAGCAGUAUCAGGGGAAUCUAGAGAGAGUAGUCAACAUAAAACUUCUUAUUGGUAUGAACCUGAUAAUGAACAUAGAAAGGUAGCUGAUAUGAAGCCAGAAGGAUCUGAACUUGAAGGCUCGGCCGUAUAUUCACCUAGUCCAUAUCCGUAUGCGCAACCACAGCCGUACUAUUACUCUCAAGGUCGAACUAACUAUCCCAAUUACUUUACGGGAUCAUUGUAUAAUAAUGACGGUAGAGUGGGAUAUCCUAAUCAACCGAUGAAUCGGCAUGGCGUGCCCGCAUAUUACCAACAGAGAAAUAUUUAUGAUGCUCCUGGGCCAACACCACAGAGUCCUUGUAACCCUUGUGUUCGACCAUAUCAGUAUCAACCAAUGCCUGCAAACUAUCCUCCACGAUCCGCUAGUAAUAUGUAUCCGUAUUUGCUAGCAUACAACCACACUAGUCAAGGCUACAACAAUUAUUAUAAAGGGAAUCCUUGGGCGUAUUAUGAUUAUUAUAGAAACCUCCCACAUCCUAAACCUUCACAAAUUCAAAGGAAUCCGAAUGAAUUAGAAAAAAUACAAGAUGAAAACAGUAUUAAUGCUGAAAUCAAAGAAGAAAAAUCAUGGAAAACUGAUCCUUUAUCUGAAGACGUUAUCAAUGAAAUCAGAGCAAAUAUAGCGCAGCGUAGUAAACUAAUAAAUAUACCUUUGAAAAAGAGAAUAAAAUUGGAACGGGUAUCUAAAGUAAUUAAACUAGAUCAGAAUAAUAGGAAAACGAGGUCAAUACCUGAGGUACAUAGUGAAGAAAAACAUUUAAGAGAAAGUGACAUAAGUCAUAAGGCUACAGAAGAAUCAAAAAGUCUUAUAAAUACAGAAGUUAUGGAAACGUAUGUCGAAAAAGUAACGUGCGAACCAACGACAGAACUAGGUUACUUCAAGAUCGGUAACAUGAACAAACCUUUUCCUGACUGCUGCCCGCAAAAAAUAGAAGAUAAGCAAAGAUAAGAUUUGUCGCCUUUUCGGUGAAUCAACUAUUUCUGGUUAUUAUUUUAUCUUGUUUGCCAGGCGACAAUUGAAGCACAUCAUUAAGGCGGUUCCCUGAGCCAGAAGGCGAAAAAUCUCCUUAUACGAUCAUAUUUUUCUCAGAGACGUUUAUAUUCGUAGACGUGGAAAAAAUAUAUGUAGUUUUUGAUUA